CCGGGGGCGGUGCCGGGGCCGGCGGCGGGGCCUGCUCAGGUGCGGCGGGCGGAGGCGGCUCGGCAGCGCAGUGUGUCCUGUGCCGCCGCCAUGAGCAGCGCGGAGCUGCCGCUCGGGGCCGGGCCGCGGGCUCAGCCCGCCUGGAAGCGGGAGAUCCUGGAGCGGAAGCGGGCCAAGCUGGCCGGGGCGGCCGGCGGCGAGCCGGAGCCCCCGGCGGGGGAGCGGCUGGUGGUGGCGGAGAGCCUGGGCCCGCUCCGCGAGAACCCCUUCAUGCGGCUGGAGAGCGAGCGGCGGCGGCUGCGGCAGGGGCUGCCCGGGCACGGCCCCGAGGCGGUGCGGCCGCUGCAGCAGCUGCUGGAGCUGUACAGCGCCGUGCCCGGCAUCCGCACCAUCCGCGCCGACAACAUCCUCAUCAUCGAGUCCCAGCCCGACGCCGCCGCCUGCUUUGCCGAGGGGGACGCGGUGCCCGGCGGCCGCCGCCGGGACCCGGCCGCCGCCUCCUCGUCCUCCCCGCCGCGGCGCCCCGACCCGCUGCGAGAGCUGCUGGCCCGCCGGGGCGCCGCCCUCGCCGAGAUCCGCGCUGAUCAGGUCGUCAUCUACGAGGCGACCGAGCCGCCGGAGCCGCCCGAGGCGGCCGAGCCGGGCACCGUCAGCCGCCUCCUGGAGAAGUUCGGGCAGCGGCCGCGGGGUCGCCGACGCCGCGGCGGGGAGGCGCUGACCGGGCCCGGGCCCGGCGCCGUGCCAGGCGGGGCGGCAGCCCCUCCGCAGGUGGGACCGGGCUCCCCCCGGGCCGGGCCGGCUGCUCCUCCGGCGGUGCCGGGCUCCCCCCGGGCAGGGCCGCCAUCUCCGCAGGGGGCACCCGGCUCCCCUCGGGCCUCGGCGCCCCUCCAGAGGGGACCGGGCUCCCCCAGGGCCUCGACUCCAAAGGCGAGACCGGGAUCUCCGCAGGCGGUGCCGGCCGCCCCCCAGCCGCUGCCGGCUCCCCCCCGGGCCGCCACCCCCGCAGCGGUGCCGGCCACCCCCCAGCCCGCUGUCCUGCAGCCGGCUUCCCCCCGGGCUCUGCUCCCCCAGCCCGCGGCCCCUCAGCCUCUCCCGGCUCCCCCCCGGGUUGUCACCCCUCAGCCUCUCCCGGCUCCCCCCCGGGUUGUCACCCCUCAGCCUCUCCCGGCUCCCCCCCGGGCUGUCACCCCCCAGCCCGUGGACCCCCAGGCAGCCCCAGCUCCCCCUCGGGCUGCAGCCCCCCAGGCGGUCCCAGCUACCCCCAAGGCCACAGCUCCCCAGGCCAACUGCUUUCUCCACAAGAUCGGCUCCAACUCCUUCACCGUCACCCCCCGGGGGCUGCCCCCCGGCAGCCGCGUCCCUGAGCCCGGCGCUGUGUCCGCCAGCCGUCCUGCACUGCCCAAGGGGCCGCCAGUGCCAUCUGCCAGCGCUCCCCAUGCCAGAGCCAAUGCCAGGAGGCCAAAGCCGGAGGAGGCUGAAGCGGCCGUGUCGCCCCCCCCCAGUGCCACUCUGGCCCCCAGUGCCACCGGCUCCAGCCAGCCGCUCUCUGCCUCUGCCCCCCAGGCCGGGGGCUCCUUUGAAAUCCACCCGGCCCCCAAGCCUGACUUGGCUGCCAUCCCGGCCCAUGACCUGCAGGCCCAGGCCCUGGCCAAGCUGCGCCUGAAUUCGCGCAAUUCCUUCCUUUUUGUGCCCCGCCGGGAGGGCAGCCCAGCUCUGCCCCCGGCCCAGAGCGCCAGGCUGGGGCUGCCGCCACCCUCGUCCUCGGAGAAGGCACCGAAGGAGCCCCCGAGGGCUUCCGCCCCGGAGCAGGAAGAGCCUGUCGCUUCCCCACCGGCGCCUGUGGAUCCGUUGGUACCUGUGACUUACAUCGAUGACAUUGUGGAGCCAGACAGCGGGGAGCUUUCUCCCAGGGCUGGCUCGGCCGUGAGGACGGGGAACUUGGCCGAUGAGCCUGGAGGAGCCGGCCCUGACCUGGACAUGGAGUUUUCCUCUGUGCCUGUCUACAGACCACACUCUGCCCCCCACCAGAAGGGAGGCAGCACCUUCACCGUCGUGCCCAAAAGGAAGCCUGUUGCCUCGGGGCUGCAGACUCUCACAGAUGCCAGCGGAAGGCCACAGUGGGAGGAAGAGGAGGAGGAGAGCAAAGGAAAAGGCAAAGCCAUGGAGAACGCUGACGGGCCCCAAGCGGGGCCGUCCCAUAAAAAGCGCUACCCCACGGUGAAUGAGAUCGAAGUGAUUGGGGGGUACCUGUCCCUGGAGAGGUCCUGCAUGAGCAAGACGGGCUCCCGCCGCAAGAAGAUGAAGAUCUCUUUCAAUGAGACAAGUUUGCAGACUAUGUUUGAGUACCCAUCAGAGAGCUCACUGGCAGAAGAGGAGGAGGAGGAGGAAGAGGAAGGAGAAGGACAUGCUUCUGAAACAGAGGAGGACAAAUCUUGCACCUUUUACAUUCCACGCCCUUUGCAUCCCAAUACACCUAACUCAGCAGAUUUAUCCAGCUACACCCCAAAGCACUCCGUGAAGUUCAGCGAGUGGCAGGAGCAGAAGUAUGAGGAGAUGCCUGCCACAGAGGGACCCCUCCCAAAGGAAGCUGAUUCCCACGGGAGCCAAGUCAUGCUCACCCCAGCAGAGAAGGGCGGACUCUCCGAUUUCAGCAGUGAGCCCGCUCUGUAUUUUUGAUUGCUCCAUCUUCUGGCCUGCAGCAGCGGCUGCUGGACAAAACGUGUCAGUGCACCUUCCGAAUGCCCAUGCAAGCACCAUGGACAUAAGCUUCUGGGUCCCUCCCUCACCACGGUUUUUGUUGGAUCCUGAUGCCAAGGAUGGACUAGAUGCUAUCGGGCAUCUUCGGAGAAUAUUUGCACUGGAUUCUGGGACCUAACUACUACUUUUAAGGCGUAUGAUUUAUUCUACUUGUGGCCUUGCAUAUUCCUUGUUCAAGAUCAGCUGCCAAUUAGGCAAGCAUCUUAAGAACAGUUGUGUAAUCUCGGGAUGGACGUAGACUCUCUCAGUGCUUAUCUGACUCCACUCAUCCAGGCACUGUACGAGGUCGGGACGGCUUUUGUAACACUUCUCCCGUCAGAGGCCCCCGUGAAGAACGGUUCUGGAGUGGGAGCAUUGGGAGUACCCGGGCAGUUAGCUGGAUUCACAGGAGUGGUUGUGACUUGACAGCUAGAUUGGGUGUCAGUUUGGAAAACCACUGAAGGCUCAUGGUUUGUUCUCGGCAUGUUUCUGGGUCUAGUUUCACUGAACCAUCAUGGAAUUAAUGUGCCAGUUACGUUUUUGUGAAGGAAGCUGAACGCACUGUGUGAGGGAUGGGAAGGGGAAUAAAUGCCUUUAGCUUUAGGGGUCAUUUUUGCACUGAUCUGUAAAGAAGUGUCCAGACUGGCUUGAGCCUCUUGAAGAUUCCCAAACAUUGGCCAUAGCUUUGGUCUGUCCAUACCCAACGCUGGCGUCCAGUCUCCAAUAACUGCUGAUUCUACCUUAGUUUGCCAGUUCCUCUAUGUUGCUUUCUUCCAGCAUCUAACAGGGCCAGGCCCAAGAUUUAUCUGUCUUGGUUGGCAGGGAGGCUUCCUUCUUGCCGUGCUCGCUCCGCUCCUCUAAUGCAAAGUACAGGAGGGCUGUUUCACUCCUUUCUUCUGCAGAACUUGAACAAGGAAUAUGUUUUUUUUUUCUAGGAUUUUUAUAGUUCUAUUGUAAUUGUUUAAUGCAGCCAAUAUGCAAAAGAAUCUGCUAGACUCUUCCAUGUAAGUUUUCUACUACUGUAAACUCAGGGUCAAAAUUGCACUCUGGAAAAGAUGGAACACUGCUGCUAAAGUGAUUUGUACUUCUGGGAUUAAAAGAGAUGUGGUUGGAAUGGA